AUGAAAAGAACGAGUUUAGGUGAAAUGAUUUCAGUGAAAUUGAAACCUGAAAUCAUAUGCCCAGUAUGCAAUCAAAUCUUCCAGACUCCUCUACUACUUCCAUGUGGUCAUUCAGUUUGUUCUGAAUGCGUUAACAAACUUCGUAAACCAGUGAACAAAUCGAAUUCUGUCAUUCAAACUCAAUAUUCAGGAGUACAAGCUACUCAGACAACAGGUGUUGAAGACUCUGUAAGUGAAGCAGAUUCUGGUGUAGUUGUUUGUAGCCUGGAAUCUAAUAAUGAUCCUCAGUUAACAUCAUAUUCACCACAAAGUACUAACCAUGCACAAUCUGUUCAAGAGUUAUGUCGUUUAUGCAGUACUAUUCGUAACAGUUUUUCACUGAAUAAAUCUCAUAACUACACACGAUUGUCUUCGGAUAGUGGAAAUAUCGAUACAUCAAUAAAUGAUAUAUUACCACAUAAUAUAGCUCUGGAAAAUUUAAUCUCGAGAAUAACUAGAGAUGAAUCAGUUCACCACAAUAAAGAUAUAGGCCCUUCCUUAGGGAUUAACAAGAAGGAUAACAAUAGCUUAUCUUCGAUAAGAUGUCAGUUAUGUGAAUCACCAAGUGAUAUUUUGACAUUAUCAUUUUGUGAGCAAUGCAAUCUUUGGUACUGUAAAUCCUGUUUAAAUCUUUGGCAUCCUUCAACUGGAAUGUUGAUUAAACAUCGUAUUAUACCCAUCAAUAAUCACAAUCGUUUAUUGCAUUCAUCAAGACAAUCGAGUACUGAAGUAACUGGACCAGUAUGUGUGCAUCAUCCAGGAUAUAUUUGUAAUUUAUACUGUAUAACAUGUUCAAUGUUUGUUUGUUUACGAUGUUUAAAUUCAAAUGACAGGAAUUACAGUGUGGAUCAUCAUCAACAUCAAUAUAAUACAAACAAUGUUAGUAAUAAAUUGAAUUCAACCGAUCCAUACACUUUAAAUGCUUCCUUUUCAUAUGAAUGUUUAUCACACUCUGGUCAUACAGUUUGUUCAACGGAUAUUUAUGCCAGAAGGAUAAAAGCUGACAUAUCGAAACUGUUACAAAGGCUUUCUGAAGAAGCUAAACGUGGCGCUGAACUUGUACAGUCUUUGAAACAUACAGAAAAUCAGCUUAAAAGAAAUAUCUCUACUACAGAAGCAAUGAUAAAUCAAGGAAUUGAUGUGCUCAUCGAAGCUUUACAAGAAAAGCGUACACAGCUUAUUGAGAAAUUGCACGCAGAGGUACAACAGAGACGCCUUUAUGUACGGGAACAAAGUAAUCAGGCCGGAAAUAGACUUUCAUCAACAACUAGUCUAAUUUAUUUUGGUGUAGAAUUGAUAAAGGAGCGUGAACCAAGCGCUUUUAUCCAGGUUGCUCCUUCACUCAAACAUCGUUUGAUCAGUACAGAAAACCAAAUUAUGCAUGAAACUCAAUUCUGUCGAGAACAAUAUCUUGGUGAUUUUCAAUUACGUAUUAACAACACCAACGACUUACUUGAAAGGAUUGAAGCAAUUACUUUGAAUGAAAUUUAUCCUCCUCCUAUUCCGAAAAUUAUCGUAUCUCAAUGUUUAGUCGAAAGUAACAGUAUUCAAUUAGUAUGGGAUUUCAUCAAUACAUCAACUCCAUUAAAAAAUGAUGAGGUUGAACAAUAUCGAAUGAAAAAGUCAUCCUCUUUACUUAACACUGCAUCUGAUCCUACUGCUAAUUCAAUUGAUUCUAAUGGUCAUUGGAGUUCAGGCGCUUCAUUAUUCUGUAAAGAUUUAUGUCAUUCAUUGUCUACUAACAGUGGAUUCACAACACCAGAAACUGUUCUUUUACAACAGAAUUAUCAUAUCCCUGAAUCUGUAUCAGCUUAUGCUUUAAUGACAAAUUCCAAAGGGAUAGAAAUAAGUAGAGAUCAAUUCAUUCAUCAAUCUAUGCAGUACUAUGAUCAUCAACAUAUUCCUUUAUCAAUAUCAUCAAAUCAGUGUACUUUAUCUGUUCCAUCGACACCAGAAAUGAACGGAUCCUAUUCAAUAAAUACCUUGCACAAAAGUAUGACCAUAAAUAAUGAUAUUCGAUUUUUAUCAGGAAGUAAACAUGACGAAGUGAUUACAUUUCAGUUGGAAGUAGACAAUGGACAUGGUGGACCGUUCAAAGUCGCUUACACUGGUCCUGAACAUGUUUGUCGUCUGGAAGGCCUACAUCUGAAUACAACCUAUCGAUUUCGCAUUCGAUCUACUAAUGGAAUUAGCCAAAGUGCUUACAGUGAUAUUGUUGCAAUAAAAACAGCUCGUCUUGUGUCUUUUGUUAUGAGCCCAUCAUCGGGACCUCCUUCAUCAAUUAAUGGCCUAAAACUAACUUCUGAUGGAUGUACUGUCAGCGCUCAAGGAGACCUGGAAGAUCGUGUUCUCUUGGGUGAUAUCGGCCUAUCAGAUGGAAUUCACUACUGGGAAUGGCAUAUUGAACAGUAUGAUGGUAGAGGGCAACCUUCUUUCGGGAUAGCUUUGGCUCAAGUGAGUAGAGAUAGAAUGCUUGUGACGUCACGAUAUACCACCUAUGCUACAGAGACAGCGGUGGACAAAUACCUGCAGCCUUCUCAUGUCUUCUGCCUUGACUGUCCAUGUUUCAAAGCCAUUCAGUAGAACAGAGUGGACUCCAGCACAGUGGACUCGGCCCUUAAUAGACAAGUGGAUGUCGCGGCGGUGACGCAGAUGGCAUAAUUUGGCCGAAGCCAAGUGAGCCAUUUGUAAGCGUGCAGAGAUUUCGUCGGCAACUGACCAACGCACUGGGGCUGAUUCAACUUUCCAGGUAAGUGAAGUGUUCAACGCAUUCAAUCACUUCACUGUGUAUUCUUAGUCGGGGUACCGUUGAAGACCAGUCCUGGAUGACAAGAAACACAUCCCAAACAUUCUCAUAUUGCCACUGAAUGUGUCAAGUAGACUCUGCAUAUUGCCAGCGUCUUCACCUAACAAGAAUAUAUCAUCUGCGUAUUCUAGGUUUACCAAGAUUCUUCUGUGGCUAGGUUAAUCCCUGUGUAGUCAGACUGUGAGUGGGAUACCUUCAUAUGAACGUCUGUGAUAAAACUGGAUAAGAGUGUAGAGAGUAGGCAUCCUUGACGGACACCAUUCGAUGUACACAACUCACACUAUAUCUCACUAUAGACUUUAACGCACCCAUAAGUGUUCGAGUAAAGAGCCUUCAAUAGGGUGAUGCACUUACUCGGCACCCCUUUCAAUGAGAGACACUACCAUAAGACUUCUCUAACGACGGAGUUGAAUGCUGUCUUCAGGUAGAUAAACACAGCUAUUGUUGGGCGUCGGUAAGCGUCCCUGUGUUCUAGAACCUUGAGAAGUGUCAAUAUUUGAUCGAUACACCCACGGCAAGACCUGAAUCCUGCCUGGUUUCCUCAGGCUUGCUGUUCCUGGGCUCCACUCAGACAUCUAAUGAUUAUAAAACCUAGAAUCUUAGACAUUGUGUUCCUCAGGUUGAUUCCUCUUUGGUUAUCAUAAGAGGACUUCUCACCUUUCUUGAAGACUGGGAUAACCAGCGAUUGAGAGUAGUCGUAGGGGAUCAUAUUUGACUUCCUUAUGCUUGCUAGUACUUCAGUUAAGUUGACUGAAAUCACUCUACUACCGUCCUUAUACAACUCAGGAACUAGUCUGUGUGGACCUGCUACCCUUCCUCGUUCUAAGCUACCUACUGCUUUCUCUACUUCUGCAAAUGUUGAAGGGGCCUAUCUCGAUAUUCUAUCGAGCAUCCAACUGAGUAGUGGGAUACACGGUAGUGGCUGUAGGCUAGCUGAAUUGUUCCUAGAAGUGUUCCACCCACAAUUUCAGUCGUCUCCCUCGUGAGUGAAUAGCAGACCUAUCCUUCUCCCUUGAUAACUGGUCAUCAGUUUUCUUUUUUCAAACUUAGAAUCGCUUUAGUUGCCCAGUGUAUACACGAUGAAAGAUAUAAGUAGAUUAGCUUUAUGGAUAAUGUUAAUUUUCAAAGCUGAUAUGAUAUAACCUACCAUUCUCUUUAUUAUUACUGUGUAUGUCCAUGUAUUCCAACUAUCUAGUCCAACAACAAUGAUGUUGAUUAUUAAUAUAUAUUUUUUCUAAAAGGUCAAGAUGCAUUCGGUUGGGCGAUGUACUUGAAUUCCAAACGUUCAUGGUUUCUUCACAAAGGUGAACACAGAGAUCGUACUGAUGGAGGUAUACAAAUAACAAGUCAGGAAACGAAUGAUAAUGGUAUCAGACAGUAUACGGAUUCAAUUAGAACCAUAAUUGGUGUGAGACUUGACUGUGAGAAAGGUUGUUUAGCCUUCUACUUAAAUGGCGAGCCUCAUGGUCCAAUAGCAUUCGCAGAUUUAAAGACAAGACAGGAUAGCAAAUCAAGUCAAGCGAGAGACAGUACAAAGAGAAUUAACUUAUUCUAUCCUGCAGUAAGUUUAAAUUACUACACUCGUGUACGACUGGUUUCUGGUCUGGAAGUGCCAAGUGAAAGUGAAGAAUCAGGUGACUCCUCCGAAGCAGAGUAUGACCUAUCCUCACCAACUCAAUCUCAUUGCAAUUCUACAAGUUCUAAAUGUUCUUCAAAUGAGUUUACGGAAAGUAAUAAUAAUACUAAUAAUAAUGAAUCUGAAAACAGACACUCUAUAGUUUCUCCAAUGCCUACCUGUUUAGUUCGCUCAACUACUGUACCAUGUAUACGAAAACCUUCCAGUCCAAAUACACUGCUAAAAUCUACAAAGCAAUCUACUGCAUUACCUAAAUUGACCACAUUCGGUCGCAAUUUAUAAAUACCAAAUUUUGUUCAAAAUCUUGUUCCAGAAGUUAAUGAACCUUCUUUUGAGUUAACUUUUGUUUUUCCGUUCAAAUUGUUUGUAGUUUACAACAGGUGAUACCAACGUUUUAUUCAUGUAUAUUACUACAAAUUAUCGGUGAGUGCAACUGUCCUUUUCUUUACAUUUCACCUCGUAGUGCUCCAUUGACCAAAACUUCAACUUGUUUUGUACAUGCCCUUAACAGCCUACCUCUUCAAUCAACUUCCUUUGCAUAACGAACAAAUAUGAUGUAAUUAGAUAUCUAUCCCAUUUCAGUUCAUUUUCUAUCCCAAUAACCGUUUUCCACUUUCAUAUGAAAUUAUUUCACUAAAAAAAGUCACUAUCAUUCUGUUUAUUGUUGAAGAUUAUAAUGUUAAAAGUCGAUAUUAUCCUCAUGGUGUAAAUUUGUUAUCUAUAACAAUUAUGGAAUGAGAGUUCCUUGUGCGCAGUGCUUAAUCUUUCAUGUUGCAUUUUUGUUUAUUUCAAGUUUUGAUGAUUCAGAUUUAAUUUCAACACUUUUGUACAGGAUUCUUUUUCUCAAAUGAAUUUUGACUGAUGACAA